GUCAGACAAUUUCUCACUGCCUCAUUAACCCUUCUGCUGCACCUGAUUCUGCAGAAGACAACAAGGAAUUUCCAAGUUUCUGCCAGCCUGAUGAGAGCAACAAGGCUUUUCUUUUCCUACUCUCCUGGAGUUUUUUCAUCUUGGGCCUUUCAGUGGCAAAGCUGAAUCGUACAUCCCAUUCCUGUUCAACACCCCAUCGUUCUGGGGCAGCGUGAGUUGUUGGGUUUGUCCCAGAGUGCCUACGACCCCCUUUGUCACGGCCAUUUUGCUCUCUUACAGGACUGCCAUUGCUGGGUCCACCUUCCUCUGCCCUGGCAUGAAUGAUGCUUUUAGGCAUAAUCGACAUGCUGAAGAAAAAGACUGCGUACCUCAGGAAUAACAUGCCAUCAGCAAACACUUCCUUCUAUACAAAGAAAGCAUAGUGAUCUAGCGCUUCUGACACAUUAUGAGAGCAAAACGACUUGAGCAGUGCCAGACUUUACCAUUGGAUGGGGAUAUGCAACUUUAACAUAAGGCGGCUAGGGUCAGGAAGCAAAAUUCAGCCCUGUUACCAACACCCCUCUAUUGCGUGCCCUUAUUGCAACAUGCAGUGGCCACCUCGGUUUGGAAUCGUUUAACCUGCAAUAAUACAGGAAAAGGACGUUAGCAGAUAAUACAGGAAAAGGACGUUAGCAGCGGGCACAUGAUCCGUGUGAUCUUCAGCUCCAGGAAUGCUGGCAUUUGGUGGUCCCUCAGCCCACUUCCUCACGGGACAGGAGGCUGCACGGCAGAAACCACCGUCGUAAUUAGCUGCCUUACGCAGCCAGAGCAGAAGGCAGGCUUUCUUCCCCAGGACUAGUCCUUCCGCACAAACACGGGAGAAGAUAUGGCAGCAGCUACCCACGCUGAGCCCGCAUACUUUAGGGGAAAAGAGGACGUCAGGCUGCAUAAUUGUUAACUCGCUAUUUUAUGUGCCCCAACUUCGCUGUUUCAAACAGCAGAAUUACAGCAGUUAGGCUGCAACACCAUAGCCCCGUUCUGUUCCACUGACCGGAACGCAAACCUUAUUCAGGCAAAAAUCCUCUCCGCACGGCACGCCGAUUUUAUUGGCUCUAAAAAUCCCCCAGAAGGUACAGACCAGCCUUCAGGUUUUAGAGAGUUUACCCCCUCCACCCGCCACAACGCUUGUUAGCCGCGUGGAAGAGCACAGGUCCGUGAACCCUGCGAUGCAAUCGCACCGUGAAAAUCAGCGCCACAACCCUGCGUUUUAUUACCAUUUUUUACAUCUCCUCAUUUUAAUCCGCGCUCGGGAGACGGCUCCCGUUCCCAUCAAAGCGCGCAGCGAGCUCCCAUUAAAAUCUGGCCCAGCUAGUAUUUUAAUAACACCUAGACGUUCCCGUCCUUUGCAUAUUUCACCUGCGAAGUGCUUUACAAACAUGAGUUUCCUAAUUACAGGCGGAUGAGUUACUAAAACUGGAAAUUCCUCACUAGUUCUGGCUUUCGCUUUGAAGCUCCAGGACUCGCUCCUGUCCCUCGGCAGUUUGGAAGAUCCCCCGACGCCGCUCCUCCGCGGCGGAGGCAGGGCAGCGAGGAAGGCACGCAGCCGACGGCGACCCGCCUCGAAGCCUCCGCGCCGGCGGACUUCGGCGCGGAGUGCCGGGGCGGCGCUGCCCGCGGGCCGGCGGCCGCCGCCGGGGCGUGAGCCGCGGGGGGCGCCCACGUGGUGGCAGAGGAAAACCGGGCGGCGGCGGCGGCGGGAGCCGGCAGAGCGCGGGCGGCGGCGGCGGCGGGCGGCGGGCUCCGCGCCGCACCGGGCAGGAAGGGGUGGGGCGGCCGGCGGAGCGCACGGGCGGGGUGCUGCGGGCGGGGAGGCAUCCCGGCCAUGCUGAAGCCGGGCGGGCGGGCGGCGCCGCGCCUCCCCGGAGCGCUCCCCAUGGAGCGGCUGCCCGGCCAGCCCUGAGCCGGCGGCCCCGGCCGCCCGCCCGCAGCCGCCCCCGAUGGAGCCCGAGGAGCGGAAGAUCUCGGUGUGGAUCUGCCAGGAGGAGAAGCUGAUCUCCGGGCUCUCCCGGCGGACCACCUGCUCGGACGUGGUGCGGGUGCUGCUGGAGGACAGCCACCACCGGCGGCAGCGGCCGGCGCCGCCCGAGCCCGGCGGCGGGAUGCUGUCGGGGCCGCCGCACUCCUACUGCAUCGUGGAGAAGUGGCGCGGCUUCGAGCGGAUCCUGCCCAACAAGACGAAGAUCCUGCGGCUCUGGGUGGCGUGGGGCGACGAGCAGGAGAACGUGCGCUUCGUGCUGGUGCGCAGCGAGGCCUCGCUGCCCAACGCGGGGCCGCGCAGCGCCGAGGCGCGGGUGGUGCUCAGCAAGGAGCGCCCCGGCCACGGCCUGGGGGCGGCCCGCGCCAGCCUGGCGCUCACGCAGGAGCGGCAGCGGCGGGUGGUGCGGAAAGCCUUCCGCAAGCUGGCCAAGAUCAACAAGAAGCGGCAGCAGCCGCUGGCCCGGGAGGCCUCGUCGGCGGAGAGGAUGGAGACGCUGGUGCACCUGGUGCUCUCGCAGGACCACACCAUCCGGCAGCAGAUCCAGCGGCUCCGCGAGCUGGACCGGGAGAUCGACCGCUACGAGGCCAAGAUCCACCUGGACCGCAUGAAGCGGCACGGCGUCAACUACGUGCAGGACACCUACCUGGUGGGGGCCGGCGCCGGGGAGCGGGAGCCGGAGCCGGGCCGGGAGCCGGGCGGGGCGGCGCGGCCCGCCGCCGGCCGCCCCGAGGAGGACUACGCCAGGAAGUGCGAGGAGGUGCUGCGGCUGCAGGAGCAGCGGGCGCAGCAGGAGGAGCUGCUGGAGCACCUGGCCGCCGAGAUCCAGGAGGAGCUCAACGAGCGCUGGAUGAAGCGGCGGCGGGAGGAGCUGGAGCUGGCGCUGGCGGCGGCGCCCGGCCUGGCCGAGACGGACUGCGACACCACGGAGCUGAGCGGCGGCGGCGAGGGCGAGCUGCACCUGGAGCACGAGCGGGUGAAGACCCAGCUCAGCACCAGCCUCUACAUCGGCCUCAAGCUGAGCACGGACCUGGAGGCCGUCAAAACCGACCUGGACUGCACGCAGCGGGCGUGGGAGGACAAGGAGCGGGAGCUGCAGCGCCUGCUGGAGACGCUGGGCACCCUGGACGUGGCGGAGGCGCCGGCGGAGCCGCGCGGGGCGGCGGGCGGGGGGCGGCCGGCCGCGGCGGCGGCGGCGGGGGGGAGCGGCGCGGCCGGCUGGGUGGAGCAGGCGCGGGCGCUGCGCAAGGACCGCGCCGACAACGACGAGGACUCGGACACGGGGCUGAGCUCCAUGCACAGCCAGGACUCGGACUCGGUGCCCGUCUGCGAGUCCCUCGUCUAGCGCCCGCCCGCCCGGCCGGGCCCCGCAGCGCCAGGGACAGGGGACGGGCUCCGGCCCGGCUCGCCGCGAAACCGGGCGCGGUGACGGGCGGCGCGGCCCCCGCUCUCCGCCCGGCGCCCCCGCCGGGCAGCGCGGGACGAGCUGGCCGCCGGUGCGGGGCUCGGCGGGAGCCGGGCGGGCGGAGCGAGGCCGCCGGGGCGGGCGGGGGGCGCUCGGAGGAAGCCUGUUAAUGUUCGCUCCGGAGCUUAAACUUGUUCUAACUAGCCGUCCGCGGGCAGCGUUUAGGCUGGCUCGCCGGUACUUUCAGCUGAGGAAGAGGAACCCACGGCGUGUUUGCGUUUCGCGCACGUCGGGGAGUGCCCGCUCCUUAAAUCCCGCCGCCCGCUUCCCUCCGAAGGUUUUCCUGCUCGGCCUUUUAAGCCCGCGGGUCCCCCCCGCUCUCCCCAGCGCAGCGUCCGCUGCUCCGGCUAAUCUCUUCGCCAGUAAAAGGCCAGGACGCACGCUCCGCCGGGUCGAUCGGUUAUCUCCUUCACAGUUUCUCGGCAUUGCAAAGUCAGAGGGUGGGUUAUACUGGCUGUCAUUUACAAAUACACCCGGCUCCUUUCCAGGCAAAAAGUCACCGAGACUGAAGCCGCCGGUCAUUUAAACGCUACGGAGGAAAAGAGGUGUCAAUGCUACUGAAACUGACACUGGGACCUCCCAGGGCACAAGCUUCUGGAAGGUAGUGCGGUUGCUUUCAGCAACGAAAAGGGGUGAUAAAUCACUUUUAAAAAAAAAAAAAAAAAAAAAAAAAAAAGACCCAAAAAACCCCACCAAACUAAAUCAACAUACAGAUUAAGAUGUUGUAUUAACUCUGCUCUGCGUAGUGCUUUUCCUUAUGCAUAGAUAAGAGUGCUUUGUUUAAAGGCAUACUAAGAAAUCUAUUAGUAUCAACGUUCAUUUGACAGUCAUUGAAAGUAAUUAGCAGUGCCUGUAUGUACACAGCCUUCAACUACAUUUUUUUUCCACUAGGCUAGCUGAUAUUUGGCUGAGCUUGGUUGUAGAUAAACAAAGUACAGAAUCAGCUUGAGCUACUGUUUUUAAUAAUAUAGUUCAUCUCAGGCCAAGAGAUACAAUGAUAAAAGCAUGACUCAAGCCCUACCUGCACUACAGCUUAAUCUUUCCAGUUAUUCCAA